AAUGACGCUAAACUCAACUUUCAUCUCCAUCAUCUUCGAUUUAAACUGUUGUCUCUGAUGUCAACAGCUACCAUCAUUGGAUAACAAAAACAGCAAAAGAAGCUGAAAAGGUAUUCAAAUCGACUUCUUCUUUGCUCUCAAAUCCACAGCCCUUCCUCAUGGCUGCAAACACAAGAGCGAUGAGCGCGAUUCCAAUCGAAGAACAGCCAAUACUCGAAUCGCUGAUAAACAUUCGCAACCGGCUCACAGCACUCAAAAAGGAUAGCUCCACAUAUGUUAAACCUCAAGAUGUUCAACAAUUGUAUCAAGCUGUCAUCAAACAGGUCACCAGAUUGAAUACAGUCCGCGAUGAAUCUGCAGCCAAUGAUACAAGCGAUUCAAAGAGACCUUCCAGAACAGGCGAAGGUUCCAACGUGGAAGCAGAUCACACAGUCAUGACGGAAAUCAAUCGAGUGGAUACGACUUUGAACGACGUCUUCAGUUUAUUGAGUCUGUUCUUCUUGACAAUAGGAAAGAGCAGAGAGACACCGGCAACCUUCUGUCAACUAGCAAGCAUGAAGCAAUUGCUUGGUCACUUGGCAGAAAGUGGUAUCUAUACCGAACAAGACUUGCAACCAUUCUCACACCGAUUAAGCGAAUUAAGGGCGAUCAUCAAAAGAGAUGCAGAACAAGGCAAACAUCCGGUCCAGCUAACAAAGCUUAUGAUGAAAAAGAUUGAAGGAUGCGAAAAGGUGUUGAGAACGCUAGAGGGAACACUAUCAGUUCUAAGCGUAGAGCUCGUACCGAUUCAUCAGAGAUUGAUCUCGAUAAGAAGGCAACUGAUUGCCGCUGCAGCAAAACCCAAAUUGACCAGACAUGAAAUGAAGCACGAAAUCAAAGCUUUGCAAGAGGAAUUGCGAAAGAUCGACAGUAAACGUGUGGAUGGAAAGUUCUUGGGUCCUGGAGGCUCAUCAGUUCCAGCCGGUCAGGCAAUCUUGGUUGGUAUCUUGGAAGAUUGCUUUGAGAUCUUGCAUGAGAUCAACGUACGCAAUGAUGAAGUGCCGAUGACCUUGCAACCAAUUUAUGAUCGACUAUCAGAAAUUAGAUCUCAACUUGAACAUCUCGUCUUGACCCAUCGAUGGACGUUACGUGAAACGGAUUUGUGGAACUAUCAGGUGACGUUGAAAGAGAUCGACAGACUUCGCGUUGACGGAAAGUUUGUGGAUAGUGAAGGCAAACAACCAGAAGGACAGUUGGUCGUUUUGUAUCUCUUGCGUAGAUGCUAUGGUUUGAUCUACAGACUUAUCGCCUCUUCUGAGCCAAUUUCAGAGGAAUUGAUGCCAAUCAGCAACAAAUUGUCGACCAUCUCAAAAUGUCUCAAAGAAGUAUCAAAGUAUGGCGGUCCAUUCACGAUGCGUGACUUGUAUCCCUACAGACUGGCGCUACACCAAAUUGAUGCUAUGCGCAAUCCAGUCAAGGACAAGGAGGGAAACGAUACCGGCGUCAAGAAAUGGCUUGGUAGAGAUGGUAGCGUACCUGAAGGUCAAGCAAUCUUGCGUGCUCAAUACGAAGAGGUCGAACAAACGAUCAAUGAGAUGUUGAACCGCGACGAUGACGAUGAUGAUGAUGAUGACGGGGAAGAGGUGGAAGAUGAUGAUGAAUACGAUGGUUCUGUGGUUGAUUCAAGCAACGAAGAGUAUGAGAGCGGAAUCGAAAGUGCAGCGAGCGGUCUCAGUCCCGAUCUAGCAGAUGUUUCUUUCCCUGGUUCGCCUGGAUCACCGAUGGGAGAAGUAUCGCAAGAUUAUAUGCGAUCAAGUAUGAUGAACCUAGUGCCGCCAAACAUUUCCGCAAUUGGAACAGACUCAUUCGUAUCGAGCGAGGCUGAUCGCACUUUGGACUCCGAAAGAACGCCAACUGCAAGCAGCGUACAUGCUACUAACACAAUACCACCUUCCGAUGGCGUUUCGACUAUGCCUGCUUCGAAUUCAUUACCACUAGGAGCAGCUCCUCUUGCUGCAACACCAGGUACUUUUAUUGCUCCACCAGCUCCGCAAAAUGUGCAAGUGAUUUCUGGAAUGACUGCUCGACCUGGUCAACCUGCUAAUGAACCUACACCUUUGCAAAUCAAUAAGCUUGCCAGUCAAGGCGAAAGUACGGAUACGAUGACGCCCACAAAGGCCAGCAUGAAAGCCAUGGCUGAAAACCUAAAGUCAAAGGAAUCAAAAAUAGUAGAAGAUGAACAUCUACCUGGAUCUUUGAACCCGAGUGAAGUCCACAAAAAUGAAUCAAGUGGAUCUACUGUCGCAGCAAACGGUACUCAUCCGAUCUCUAGCAUUGAUGCUCUAGCGGCUCAAGUUGGAUCUGACUUAUCGAUCAACAAAUCCAGCUCAUAGAAGUUCUUUCACCGUUGAUGCAUUUUGUAACUAUUUAAUGUCCGCUCCUUCUUCUCGUCGUAUCUUUAUUUUUGCAGUC